AUGAAGGACUUGGGUGAUCUCAAGUAUUUUCUGAGGAUUGAGGUUCUAAAGUCAACUAAAUGGAUCUUUCUGCGACAAAGGAAGUAUAUCUUGGACAUCCUCGCGGAAACUGGACUACUAGAAUGUAAGCCAGCAGACACUCCUAUGGCAGUUAACCAUGGCCUACGAAUCAGAGAAGAAGCUGAGUUGACUGAUCGUAGUCGAUACCAGCGACUAGUUGGAAAACUCAUAUACCUUUCGCACACCAGGCCGGAUAUAGCUUAUGCAGUGGGGAUCGUAAGUCAAUUCAUGCACAAGCUACAGACUGACCACAUGGAGGCAGCACUUAGGAUUUGUCGAUAUUUGAAGGAACCCCGAGACAUGGCGUGUUAUUUUCCAAGAACGGACACCUUGAGAUUCAUGGGUAUACUGAUGCUGAUUGGGCAGGGAACCCAAAUGAUAGGAAGUCCACAGCAGGCUACUUUACCUUUGUUGGAUGUAAUUUAG